GGAAUUGAACUUGCAAGAAUUGAACUUGCAAGAGAUGAAAUUAUUAUUCUGAAAGCACAGAGCCAAGUACAAAACAAGACAGGACUCUAGAAGAGAUCACCUCAGAGAAGUGGCACCAGUCAUUGAUACUUUUCCUUGCAAGGGAAAUUUUCUCAAAAGGUGUGAUGGAGUCUUCAGCUUCCUGUUUACCUGGAUUCUUCUUGGUCUUCCUUCUCUUACAGAUCACAGUACUCACCCAAGCUAUGAGCUUGGAUAUACAGAUUAACAUCCGGGUUCCAAAUACAGAAGGGGUACUGGUGGAAUGUGCUUCAGGAAGUUUGAUCCCACCUGCUGAGAUGACAUGGAAAGACAGCAAGGGGAAUAUAAUUCCACAUUCAACCACAUUUGACUCUCAGGAUAGAGCUGGGUUGUAUUUGAAGAGCAGCAUUCUUCUGAAGAACAGAGUACAAGGUCCUAUUACUUGCUCCAUUUACAAUGUAACUACUAAUCAGGAGAAAAAGAGAAGUAUUGUCCUACCAGAUGUCCUGUUCAAAUCGGAGUAUAUGUCAUUGAUGUCAAACAAAUUUUCAUGUCCUUUAAUGUAUUUAAGCAUUAUACUUUUUCUUAAUUUUCUCAGAGGAAUACUUGUUUUCUGUUGUCUCAAAGGAAAACCUGUUUAUUUCAGAAAACUAAUGAGUAGAAUCAAUGAAGGUUUGAAUAGUAAAAUGAGAGCUUGUUGUCCACUUAUCUGGGAGUGUCUGCUGUUAGUUUUGUAUAUUUUCUUUCUCCCUCUCUACUUGAAUUUCAGGAGCCAAGCUUCUAUUUUGGAUGAUGCAUACCCAUUGUAUAGUAACUGGCUAUGGGACAUAUGCAUAAUCUUGGUUGUAAUGAUGAUAUUUUUCACUGGGCUCAUUUUGUUUCUGCUUUGGACCCUAAACCGUUAUGGUCAGAUGUCCUGCUUAUCCUCUAUGAAUAUGAAUCUUUCCACACACGACUCUAACCAAAAUAGUUCUCAGUCUGCUGAGUUCCAAGAAAAUUGUGAUGUAAACCGCAACAUGUUCCUAGAAACUGGUGAAGAGGCAAUACUUAGUCAGCACCAAGAAAAUUAUGAACUGGAGAGCUUCAACCCUCUUCAGCCCUUAAGAUUGGAUUGCAGUCGCAACUGAAAAACUUGAGGCAGUAAAG